CAAUCGCCUGUUUUUAAUCUAUAAUCUAAUGUAGCUGCUCCCUCUUGGACCGCACCACACCCUUACACAAUCAGCCGCCCUGCCGCCUCGCCCGCGGGCUGGAUUUGUUGUUUCUGCCCUGACCUCGCCCAACCCGCUCAGUCUGCAAUCCAAACGCGGCACUGUCUGCUGUGGACCGGCUUGCCAUCAGGCCCUACGACAAGACAAAUACGGCACCUUGCCAGGGACGUGGGGCUCUCGAGGACCACUUCCCAGGAGCAUCGCACCCACGCACGCCUCAUGCCUGCUCAGGUAUAUAGACUGCGACCCAACCGUCCAGGCCGCACCUCGCCGGACCAGUCGUCAUGAACGACAGCCGCGAUCCCAGGGCUCUGCGCCCGAGAUUGAACCCUCUGUUGACCUCAUCUCUCGGCCCCUACCCACACAACGCCAACACCCCCAUCUCCGCCAUGUCCUUCAGCUCAAACUCUCACAAUGCCCCGACCCCAGUGAGCGCAAUUCAGCCUUACAACCCGCAACAGUGGCUGCCCUCGCCAAUGCCGGGCGCCGGUCCGGAUCGGGGCCAUCAGAUGAGCUCCCCCGAGUCAACCGGCUCUCCCCUUCCGCCUCCUCCGUAUUCUCCCCCGCGAAGCCAGAGACCGACUAGCAUGUAUCUCGACGGGGCUCCUGCUGCCAACAUGUCUCUGACUCGGGCUCCUCUCCCCGCGCCACAUCGUCCCUCACCUGAGCCUGCAGGGACGCAGUCAUUCCCGCCUCCUCCCAAUACCAGAGGCUCAUCUCGUGAGAGGCGGUUCGGCCUGCCAUCUUUCGGGAGGAGGAGGGAUGCAGACACGACAACCUCCCCUGAUUCAGCUGGAGGAGGCACCCGCCCUGCGUUUUCAAUCACGUCCUCGAGACCCACCCCCUUGAGUAUUCAGAUCCCGCACGGCGUCCCCUCGCGGAACGGCAGUGAUGCCUCGUCCCAGGGCUUGCCCCCAGGAUCUCGCAGGGCUGUCUCCACCGGGGCCAUCGAUACACCGACUUCAGCACGAUCAAGGUCUGCUUCACAGUCCAGGUGGAACCAGAGUCUCCCGUUACCCCCACCACCUCCUGGCCCUCCACCUGCGCAGUCCCGGUCUCAGAGCACAAGCCGCAACUUCACCAGUGGGAGUGGGAGUGACCCUGUUGCAUCACCACCGACAAGGCGGCCGCCUCCGAGUGGUGUCACAGCGUUGGGGCCGGUGCCACCCACACCUGCCAACUGGGUAGACGAGGAGCGGACCCCGCCUGAGCCCCAACCCCGGCCUCAGGAACCCCUACGGCAGCGGGCUCCCUCCGUUGGCCCUAAUCCCAUCGGGAGGGCUGAUGAUAGCCCAGAACCCGAGUCUUCAAACAGCCCAAGCGCUGUUUUGAACAGGAACAACGCCGUAAGAGGCGACAAGACCCUGCGAGAAAGGCGGAACGAGAGCCGGACAAGGACCUCGCGACUCUCAAUUGACGGGUCCAUUGCUAACAUGGAUAACAUUGUUGUUCCACCCCCAUCUGGCGGACUCUCAAGGAAAAUGACAAUCGGCAGAGGAACACCAAGGAGUGCAGGGCUUUCUCAGACAACACCGCGCAGCGCAGGACUGGGCGACAAAGAAGAAGAGAGCAGCGGGUCAACGCCACGUGCUCCCGAUUCGGCGAGACAGUCAAGUAUGCAGAUAUCGACACCGCCAUUUUCCCCUCGACCCCUGGAGUCCCAGCAGGCUGCUACGGGCUCGUCGUCUGUGGCCCCAAAGGCCUUGCCAACGCCACCUCCUCACAGCCGAUCUGCAUCGGCUUCUAAAGCGAGAAUGUCACUUGACCAUGCACUAGCAACACCAAAGUCUGCGAAGACCAUCAACAGGGAAUCGGUGAUCAAACAGAACCCCGACCAGUUCCGCCAUGAGACGAUUGAGAGGUUUCAGAUUUUCGCCCAGGAGGAAGCCACUGCAGUCGACGAUGCGGAGAGAGUCCGUCUCUUUGCCGACUUCAUUGUCAAUGAGUCAAGGAUCAGAAGAGAACGGUACUCGGCGGCCAUUGGUGCCAUGGGCUCAGAAAUCUUCGAUUUGACCCGGGACCUAUUUCGUCCCAUGGUUAACCGGCGAGAAUCAACUACAUCGCAAGGCAGCGAAUGGACGCCACAAUCAUCAUUGCCUAGCAGGUCGCACCGCGGCUCGAUAGGGUCUGCAUUUCAGGGGGACACCCCGAAGCAAGGCGAAUCGAGCUCAGCCACUCCACCAGCGAGUUCCGUACCGAUGUCGCCGACUGGUCCACCACCAAACAACACAAACUGGAACACUGACUACCGACCAACACUGUCGCCCAUCUUGAGCAUGAGCGUGAGCGACAACCACGACGAUGACUCGCGCGGCCGUCCUCCUAGUCGCUGGUGGGAGUCUGCGUCUUCUGGGGAAUCUACGAGAUGGGAAAGGUCGAAAAGGGAGUCCAAGUACAUGAGCGUGCCCAAGGAAGCCCGCGAGGCUCUUCAAUGGUUGGACAGCCCAGGAGAGUCCAGCGCGCGAGGACAUUCGAGCGAAUACCCACCAGAGAAGCAGGGCUGGCACGAACAGCAGCCUGAUGAUACCUCUCAACAUUACACCCCUCAACCGACGCGAACUCCGAAACAGCAGCAGUCUCUUUCUCUGCCCAACACCCCAAACCCGAACUACUCUGACGUCUCCAGACUGGUCACGCUCCCGCCGCCCUAUCCUCGCCAUCAUCCAGCCGUGAACAACAACCACCCAGAUCUCGCCGAGAUUCGGGCCUCUGUGCGCGCCCUUAGCGAUCUUUCCGAAGUGGAUGCGACCAAGGACCGCUUCAAUCGCGACAGCCGCGCGCUCCGCGAUGAAGCCGAGUCGGCAGCAGCCAAGCGCCGACAAGCCCUUCGGGCUAACCUCCAGCAGGAAGUUGGCCUGGGUCGGAUGACAUACAGCGAAGCCGCAGCCAUUGAGGCAGACUCAGGCGAGAGCGAGAAGCAGGCCUCCAAGGAGCUCGAAAAGAAAGACUUCGACCGCUUCCAGACCGCUGUGGUGGUCCCGCUGAACGACCUCCUCACCUCCCGGAUCACAAAGGCCACACAGCUCUUUGACGAGCUUCGGUCGCGGCUGUUUGUGGAGACGAGGGAGCCCAACCCGAACAUGCCGCAGGAGGAGGGCGACGAGCAUCCGGAGCUGCUGGAGAAGCUGACGCUGCUCAAGUGGAUCUUCGAGGCGCGCGAGCUGCUGCACCGCGCCGUGUACGAACUCCUCUCGGACCGCAACGACCGGUACCGCGAGAUGGUCAUCACCCCCUACCGGCUGGCGGGCAACGAGGAGAAGAUGGCGCACGCGUCGGCCUUCUUCGCCGAGGACGCGGGCAAGCGCGCGCUCGCCUUCGCGGGGGAGGUGCUGCAGCGCACGAGCGAGUUCCACGACGUCGUCGAGGAGAACGUCGUGCGCGGCGUCGAGGUGCAGCUCUCCGCGUUCUGGGACAUCGCGCCGCCGCUGUGUCGGCUGCUGGACCGGGUGCCGCUCGGUCCCGGCCCCGGGGGCCCGGAUGCCGAGGAAGAUGAAGAAGAGGAGUGGGACGGCCGCACGCUCGCCGACUUCCGCAUCCAGAUCCCCCAGGCCGAGAUCGUCGAGAACCCGAGCUACGUCGACCACCCGCUGCAGUACUUCUUCAGCCUGCUGCUGCACUCGGAGAAGUCGACGUACCAGUUCAUCGAGUCGCAGACGAACCUGUUCUGCCUCCUGCACGAGGUCAAGGAGGCCGUGGUCGCCGCGCAGGCGAGGGUGAUGGAGGAGGACGGGCGCGGGAGGGAGGAGAUCGAGGGGUUCAAGAGGGAGGAGGGCCGGAGGCUUACGCACGACCUCCAGGAGAAGGUCCGUAUCGUCCAGGACCAGUGGAAGAGCGCCCUCGGCGACAGGGUCACGCACGUCAAGGAGCGCGUCGGCGGGUGGCUGCUCGAAACAGGCGGUUGGGACGAAAGCCUCGAGGAGAGGGGAGUCGGGUCACUGUGAAAGGCAGACAAACAAACAACCAAACAACCAAACAUAAAGAGAGGUAUGCCCACGCGGGCGCCGAGGGGAGGACAACAGAGCAGUAAGUAGACAAGGGACGGUGGGCGGGUUUUGAGUUAGCACGAUACCCCCUUACGCUUUCACGUUAUGAAGCAACGGACGGACGGUUUCACUUCUCAUGUAGAUAUUACAUAUGGCCUGCAACCUUGCAGGUCUACUUUCCGUACAAGGUCUUGGAUGUAGUGGGGAUAGACAAGAUGAUAUCUCUGUCAAUCAAUAUUGUGCAGCAUG